AUGAGCUUCGUCACCCGCCGCGGUCUUUCGACCCUUAUCCCCCCCAAGGCCCUUGGUGCGGACCCCAACGCCGUCCGCAUGCAGCGCGUCGUCAACUUCUACGAGAAGCUCCCCCGUGGCCCGGCUCCCGAGGCCAAGGCUUCUGGCAUCCUCGGCCGCUACGCCGCUAAGCACUUCAACGGCAAGAACGCCUCUGCCAAGCCCAUCAUCCACGCCAUCGGCUUCCUCCUCGUCGUCGGCUACGCCCAGAACUACUACUUCCACCUCCGCCACCACAAGAACAAUGCUCACUAA